AAUACCAAGAUCCCCUUUCCAUUAUUUAAAUGUAUAUGCACAUGCAUGUAUGUCACAGAGAUCCAUCGUUGGAUCACAAAACUGAAAGACAAAACCCAGAGAGAGGGAGAGAUGGGGUCCUGAUAGAAGUAAUUCUGUUUUUCGUCUUCUUAGUGAUUGCAAUAGAAGUUCCGGUUUUGAAUGCACAAGUACGCCUACCUUCCAAAUUCUUCCCAGGCUUCCUUGUGGAUCUCUAUCUCUGGUACAGCCGUGAGUUUGGCGAUUACUUGUUUGUCGAGAAGCCUCCUUUCUUCAUUGGUCUGAUGUGGCUUGAGCUUCUAAUCCAGUGGCCACUAUCAAUUCUGAAUCUCUAUAGCAUUUGUCGAAGGAAGUCGUGGUUCAAUACCACAUGCUUAGUCUAUGGCUUAUCUGCUUUCACUACAACGGUUGCUAUUUUAGCAGACAUGAUUAUUUCCUCCAAAUUAACAAAUAAGUUGAUGAUAAUGUACUUCCCUUUUGUGGGUUUCGAUGUUUUAGCCAUUCUGCACAGCUUGCUACCAUACUUUAGCCAGACUAGGGCUGUCAAUGGAACAUCUAAUUUGGCUAGAAAAAAGAGGGCUUGAGUUGAGAGACAACUCAAAUUAGAGAAAUGUUUCCUAGCUCGAAUUACAUCGGCUCCAACGGCUCAAAUACUCAAAACGACGUCGUUUUGGGUAUUUUUUUCUUUCUUUCUUCUUUCUGCCUCCGGUUUCUCUCUCAGUCGUCUUCUUCAGACCCAGAUCUCAGUUUUUGGAGAAACCCAAAUCCAUUGCUAUGGUGCUUUGUCGUAUCAGAGUUUGGAACAACCUGAGAAAGAAGAGACUCCAUUGUCUAGACCACCAAGGUCUCCAAACCCACAGCCCCAAAAUCCAUCAUGUAACUUCCACCAAUCUGCAGAGAUUUACA